AUGGCUCUCCAAGGCAAGCUCCACCACCCAAAGCGCUUCAUCACAACGCACAAUGACAAGGGUGAGGCCGUCAUCGACACCUCACUACCGGAGGACGCACCGUUUUACCCGAUUCCCGGCGGCGCAGGCUUCGCGCAGGCCUACGUGACCAAGGGCUUCCCCACACAGCUCAACGACGGCGCCGACAUGGCCGUCUACAAGCAAUACCUCGACAGCGCGCCGGGACUGACCGUCUCGGACGGCACUGUCCUGCGGUACGUCGACAUCCCGCCGGCCUCGCUGUCUCCCAUGCACCGCACCGUCAGCCUGGACUAUGGCGUCGUGCUGGACGGCGAGGUCGAGCUCAUCCUGGACUCGGGGGAGACGAGGGUCUUGCAGAAGGGCGACGUGUGCAUCCAGAGGGCUACAAUGCACGCUUGGAGAAACCUCAGCGACACGGAGUGGGCGCGGAUGUUGUACAUUCUGCAGCCGGCGCAGCCGCUCCAGGUCGUGGGCAAGGAGUUCAAGGAGGACCUUGCUGAUAUGCAGGGCGUGAGAUCGUCGACAUAG